UGUGGUUACUGUGCGGAGAGGAGGCGAGCGCACUUUUAACUGAGACCUGCGACGACAGUCGGACGUUUGAGGUUCAGUGUCACGAUGAACAGUGAGCGGACACUAAGACUGAAAAACGCAUGAAACUCCAGUUAACUGUUAAAGAACUGACUGCAGGCUGCGCAUUCUGGAGGAAGCAUGUGCAGUUCAAUAAGCGGUAAGCCACUGGCUGGUCCAGGUCUCACAGAUAUGCAGCUGUACAGUCAGUGGCUGGCUAGUCGACAUGAAGCCAGUCUGCUACCUAUGAAGGAGGAUCUGGCCCUCUGGCUCUCUAGCAUGCUUGGUGUGGACAUCACUGCAGAGAGUUUCAUGGAGCGGUUAGAUAACGGAUUCCUCUUGUGUCAGCUGGCUGAGACACUGCAGGAGAAAUUCAGACAAAAUAACAAAGAUCUCCAGACAGGAAAGUUGAUCCCAAGUCGCAGGAUACCCAGUCGAGCCAGUGCUCCGUCCGGUUCCUUCUUCGCCAGGGACAAUACAGCCAACUUCCUGUCAUGGUGUCGGGAGGUGGGCGUGGGUGACACCUGUCUGUUUGAGUCAGAUGGGUUGGUUUUACACAAGCAGCCACGAGAGGUUUGUCUCUGUUUGCUGGAACUGGGAAGAAUAGCGUCCAGGUAUAAGGUUGAGCCACCUGGACUCAUAAAACUGGAGAAAGAGAUUGAACAAGAGCAGAAGAUACCUGAACCUCCAACCUCACCUGUACUUCUUACUUCCAGCUCUCCAUCAGUCUCCCCACCCAUCUCUCCAUCAGUCUCUCCAUCCAUCUCUCCGCUCAACAAGACCAACUCCAGCAAGAAAAGCACAGGCAAACUACUGGAUGAUGCAGUGAAGCACAUUUCUGAAGAUCCACCCUGUAAGUGUCCAAAUAAGUUCUGCAUAGAGCGGCAAUCACAGGGCCGCUACCGUGUCGGUGAAAAAAUGCUUUUCAUCAGGAUGCUGCAUAAUAAGCAUGUGAUGGUGCGUGUUGGCGGAGGCUGGGAGACGUUCGAGAGCUACCUGCUGAAGCACGACCCGUGUCGCAUGCUCCAGAUCUCGCGUGUGGAAGGCAACAUCUCACCCGUCUCAAGGAAAUCUCCAAGCAUCAAAGACCUCACACCUGACAAUUAUCUGGUGGUGGCGGCCCACUACAGAAGCAAGAAGUGAUUAAGAGACUUCAAUGGCCAAAAACAAUGGCUUUAACUUGAAACUUCACUUUAAAGCACAGCUCAUUAACAGGUACACAUGGAAUUCAUUGGCUUCUAGAAGUAAUAAGUGUAUAAAAGAGAAAAACAAUCCAUAACAAAAUACGAGUGUUGAUCAGCUAGUUUGACAAAAUAAGGGCUCAUUCCAAAUUGGUGCACUUGAUGUGCAUUCGCUGACCUUGUGGACCUUCACUCUUGCUCAUCUGUUAAGUUCACAAGAAUGCAGAAUGCUCAUGUUUCGUUUAGGUGGUUUCUUUUUGGUCUUUACUGCCUCAUGCGACCAUUUGCAGAUCCUGCACUGGUGCGGACUACUACCAGUUAGCUCACGUGUCAAAGUGCACACUUGGAAACUCAGAGGAGGACCGCUAGGACUCUGAGACAGGGCUAUACAUGUACAGUAUAGGCUACAUUCAC